AUGGCGCAGCGCAGAUCGGCCACCGCAGCAGGCAGCACUGACGGAACACCGCCGUGUGUCAAGAAGAAAGAAGGCCGAUUGUACGCCGGGAGCCUUGACAAUGAGGAGUACGACGCCUUCAAGAAGUGGCUCAAGAAGCAGCGCAAGGAAAACUCCAGGACGCUGACGGUGGACGCAAAGCUGGACAUCGUCGCCGUGCAGGCGUACUUUCGCCAUGAGAAGUUUGUCCACGCGAACAAGUCAGGGAGGCCCAAGCAGUAUCGGUUCACGGCACUCGCAAAGAACGUCCUUCAGCGCAGCACAGACGUCUGUCAACAAGCAUGGAAGGACUACGAGCGCGCGCAAGCGGUGUCAGUCGCAGACAACGACGGGCCACGCGGGACCAAGACGACGAAGUUCAAGCGCACUGAGGCAUUGCGUGUGAAGCUGCAGAACUGGUUGUACGAGCGCACUGUCAAGGGCAACCGAACUGUGGCAAAGGACGUGCUCGGCUUCUUCUGCUCCUCCGGUGUGCUGCCGAUGUACUCUGAUCCCACUUCGAAAGCGAACGCCCUGAGAGCUGUGCAACGAUACCUGGAGUCACUUGGCUACGAGAGAGACGCGUACAUCACCCAGAUGAUCAAGGCCCUACAGCAGCGGCGACGCAUUGUCUACCUCAACGAGAGCUACAUACACCACCACUACCGCCCGCAUGAUGAGUCGCUGUACGACCCCGGUGAUAACCGCCUGCUCCCCAAGCAAAAGCACAAAGGCCGGCGCUUCUGUUUCAUCGCGGCAAUCAUCUCAAGCGACCCUGCAGUACCAGAAGCAGAGCGAUCCGAGGAACAUCGUGCACAGCUGUUACCCGAGACGCUGGACAUCUUUGAGGGGGGCAAGAAGCAGAGUGGCAAGGCGCAGACCAAAGACUACCAUGGCAUGUUUGACAGUGCAUACUUUGAGCGCUGGAUGCAGACGCUGCUCGCCACGCUCGACGCCCGUGGCAUCAAAAACACCAUCAUUGUCAUGGACAACGCCAAGUACCACAAGUCACUCCCAGCGGACACGCCCAAGCAAUCAUGGAAGAAGGCAGCCAUGGUCGAGGCCUGCACGGCGCGCGGCCUGCCAGUAUCCGACACCGACACUCGGGCCUUGCUGUGGGCCAGGCUUCGCGAACACAUUGCGCAGACAGUCAAGCCCGUCGUCGUGCAAAUGGCAGAGGACGCUGGGCACGAGGUGCUGUGGACACCGCCGCAUUACUCCGACCUUCAGCCCAUCGAGAUUGUUUGGGCAAACGUGAAAGGAGACGUUGGUCGACAGUACAACUACGACACAACGUUCAAGGACGUGCGCCAGCGGUUGGACGAGGCGUUUGCAACCCUGACACCGAAGACAGUUGAGGGAUGCAUUGCAAAAGCAGAUGCUCGGCUGGAUGAGCUUUACAGGCAGAUCACGAGCCUCGAUGAGGUGGAUGAGGAGGCAAUCGAUGAUGGGGUGUUCGAUGACGGGCAGCGUGAUGAUGAUGAUGAGAAUAUGGAAGAGGUCGAUGUUGUGAACGAGGACAAAGACAAGGACAGUGACGAGGACAGUGACGAGGACGACGAUGAGGGUGAACAUGAAGACGAGGAUUAG